CUCUCACUGCCUCCAUUUCUUCCCCUUCUAUUUGCCAGGAGGUGAUGGGACCAGUGGCCAUGAUCUUGGUUUUUUUGAUGUUGAGCUUCAGACCAUAUUUUGCGCUCUCCUCUUUCACCCUCAUUAAAAGGUAGCAUGCUUCCUCAGUAGCAUGUUGGACGCCUUCCGACCUGAGGGGCUCAUCUUCCAGCGUCAUAACUUUUAUAUGCCUGUUGUCUUUGUCCAUGGAGUUUUCUUGGCAGGGUUACUGGAGUGGCUUGCCAGUUCCUUCUCCAGGUGGAUCACGUUUAGUCAAAACUCUCCACUAUGACCUGUCCAUCUUGGGUGGCCCUGCAUGGCAUAGCUCAUAGCUUCUCUGAGUUAUUCAAGCCCCUUCGCCACGACAAGGCAUUGAUCCAUGAAGGGGCCCAGACAAGUAUUGAAUCUAAUAAGACUAAUAUUCUGGCCUGCCACAGUUCAGCCAAAAUGGAUCUCUUCUUCAUGCCUUGGUUCACCAUUUGAAUAAUAAGAUGCUGGGUUAGAUAAGCCUUUGGUCUGAUCCUGUAUGGCUUUUAAUAUCCUUUUAAAACAUACAUUUGCAACAAAAACAGAAAGCCUGGGAAAUCGUAAUAAAGAAAAGGUGAGAAUGAGGAACCGUGAUCACAUCCUCCAUCAUGCAUAGCAAUGAAACAGUUUAUAAAAGAGGCUGACAUAGCUUGUGGUGAAGGGGUUAUCCAAAACUACAUUUGAGACUAAUUCCACCAGCUUGGUUAGGGAGACUGUAUCAUAGUAGGGUAAUUGUACACUAAUAGCAUCCCUAUUCUGUCUCUUUGGCCCAACACCACAAAAACCCCUCAAACCCAGUCUCAGUAUGGAUUGUUCUCAUGGUGAAAGAGAUGAUUUCUUUACGGAUGACAACCACCCCCUCAUUCUGCCCCUCUGAACUUGGCUGGUGCUGCAUCAAGUACCCAAGUGGACACAGCUGGCUUUGCUCAGGCCAUCUACCCAUGUUUUAGUUGUACGUGCCAAAUUGCCCUCCCCCACUGUCAAAUGAAUGGUGGAUGUUUUCUUAUUGGCAGACCUCACAUUUAGCAACACCACCACCUGACCAGAGGGUCAGCUCGCCAGCACCCUCUGAUUCUGAAAUGCCCUGGAGGAGGCCACAGACAAGGGUGACUCUCCCAACCUACCCCACCCCCAUCAUUCCAUAUUCACUACUUGUGAAUAUUCAGAGUAUCCCUACCUUCUUAAACUUUGGCUGAAUUGUGCCCAUUGUAUCUACAGUCAUACCUCGGCUCCCAAAUGAUCAAAAACUGGAAGUGAGUGUUCUGGUUUUUGAAUGAUUUUUUGGAAACCAAACGUCUGCCGCAGCUUCCGCUAUUGUUUCUGGUGCGCCUGCGCAAUCGGAAACCAAUCAGAAGCCUAGCCUUGGAUUCUGAACGUUUUGGAAGUCAAACGGACUUCUGGAAUGAAUUCCGUUCAACAUCUGAGGUACGACUGUAUAGUGUAGAUCAAUGUUCAGAUAACUAAUAUGCAAAAAAAACCUAGAUAACGCUCCAGAACUGUAUUUAAUGCCCAUUCUGUUUCACAACACACUUGUCUUUGAAUCCAUUGCUAUUGAUAGUAUCUAAUAGGCUGAGGAUAUUGCUCUUGGCUACUUUCAUAUAGAAAAAAUUAAAGAAUGAUCAGCAGAAAGUUUGUUGUGUUACCAAGAGAUUUUACUGCCAUUUAAACAAAAAUACUUAAUAAUAGGGAUUUGCUAUUCACAACAAUGUGGAAAUAAUUAUAUCCUAUUAUUAAAGGGAGCUGAUGUGUUUCAAUACAGUAUGUACAGUAUGUGUGGUAAGUGAACAUGGAGCAGCUAGUCAAUCUUGUUCUACUGUUUGGGGAUAGAUUUAGAAUUCCCUAUUCUCAUCCUAAAUGAAAAUAAAAGUAAUGUUUUUAAUGAAAUUGAAGAAAGCUUCCCUUUGAAUUGAGUGUGGCCAGUUAUCUAGCUUAAGUGUGACAAGAUUCUAUUGUGAAUGGUUCCUUGGCAGGCAAGUAACACUGCAUAUCACAAGGAGGAAAUGCCAAAGCAUUUUUGGCUGUUAAAAGCAGAAAAUGGGGCCAAAUAGAUGCUUCAGUGAGAAUAAAAACUAAGGCCAGUUCACACAACCUUUUUAAUGUCAUGAGGUAUGGGUGAAAUGAUUAUUCUCUGAGAGUGGCAUGGGACUGGACUAAGUUAAUGCAGCCCUCAUGUUACUGCAGUAACAUAAUAAUCUGGUUUGAAUUCAUGUAACAUAGUGAGUGGUAAAGGUACCUGGAGUAAUUUUGCAUAUUUUAAUUCUGUCCAUCGGUUAUGAAAUCAAAUGGAAAGCUCCAUUGCAUGAGAGCACCCCCUUCCCUCUACAUAUAUCCUAUUGAGAGCUACAUUUAAUUCCUCCCAAUGAAAGCAAUCCUCCUGAAACUGAUGCUAUGUACUGUGUCCAAUGGGACUUACUAAUAAGUGUAUUCUGGACUGCAUUUCAGAGAGUGAAAGGCAGUUAUAGAUGGUACUGGGCACACCAUUUUUACAGGAACACAAAAAUAAUCUCGGCAUGAUACAGGUUGAGAUUAUGAACAUCCUUCCAAAAGCUUCUGUUAUGGUGUUAGCUUGCCAUUUGACUUGUAUCAAAGGUUUGUUCAGCAAGAAACUUGAAUAAUCACUGGGGUAUAAUAUAAAUUAGGAUGCACUUGAGAAAAGUGCAUUAAUCUACCUUCAUGCUAUUAAUAUAGACCCAGACCUAAUGAAUUUUCUCAAAGACUUUGAAUUAAUAUUUCUACAAGAAAAUGGACAACUAGAGACAUCAAAAUCAGUGGAUUCACCUCCUAUAUGGUACCUGCACAGAAAACAAAUACUAAGGGCCGGCCUAAAGCAAGCUUUUGCUGUCUGAUUAAAGACAACCUAGGGAUUGAAAUCAAACAGCUAGAAAAAAAGCUCUCCAUUUGCACAAGCUUUACUUCUAACUCAAACAAAUGACAUUUUUCUCUUUGUAAAUGUCUAAGUUCCCCCUACUAAAAGCAAUAUCUCCAGUGAGAAUUGGUCACAAUUAACUCUUUAAUCGAAAAUCUGAUUGAUAAAUAUCCAAACUCCUCACUAAUAAUAGUAGGCGAUUUCAAUGCUAGGGUGGGAACCAACAAUGAGCAACUAUGUAGUAAAUUAAAUUGGAACAUUGGCAACAAUAUUGCUUAUGCACUGAAAAUAGAACGAUUAUCCAGAGACAAGGUUAUAAAUAGGGAAGGCUUAUGCCUACUUGAGUUAUGUAACAACUUUAAUCUGCAGAUUGUGAAUGGUUCCACAAAAGGGGAUAGAAGCGGAGAAUUUACAUAUCCCCCCCCCCCGAGGAUGCAGUGUAAUCGAUUAUAUCCUUGUCCCUUAUAUUAUUGUAAAUUUGAUCACGGAUUUCAAAGUUGGAAUGCGUACUGAAAGCGAUAACCAACCUUUAUUGCUGUCUAUCAACUUAAAGUUGGAAACUAAAAUAACUAAUUGUAACAUCCUAGGACCUUGCCAAUAUAAACAAACGACCCAACUAUAAUGGUCCCAGGAAAUAAGUGUAGCAGUGGGGCAAAAACUUACAGCUAACUUGAGACAACAGGUGCUAUUAAAUUUAAAGAACGCUAAUCCCCAUAGGAACAUUUUGAAAAUCUAUAAUGAAAUUUUUCAAAUCUUUGCAGAGCUUAACACUCCACCUAAAAUCUGGGUACCUAAAUACAGCGCUAGCCCUUGGUUUGAUGAUGAAUGCUUUCAGCUUAAAAGAAAAUUGCGCCAAGCCUUCAAAAAUAAUCGUACUAAAUUAGAACUCUCCUAUUUAGAUGAAAAAAGAAAAUUUCACCAUACUCUGGCCGAAAAGAAACAAAAAUAUGCUACUCAAAAAUGGUUACAAUUACUUGACUCAAUUCAAAACAAAAACAACAAAACGUUCUGGAUGCUAGUGUAUGGAGGUCUGAAAACCGACAAUCAAUUAAAUUUUUCAUCAAUCACAGAAUCUAAAUGGUUCCAGUACUUUACAUCCAUAUUUAAUGAUCUACAUAGUGAAUCAAAAGGAAACAAGGCCAUAGUUAAUAAAAUCAACAAACUGUAGGAUUGGCCAAGGGUAGAAGAGGAGGAAAUCAGGGAGAUAGUUAGAAGCUUUAAAUUGGGGAAAUCACCUGGGCCAGACGGUCUACCGAUAAAAUUAUUUAAGACAUACAUGGACUGGUGGGCAGAACCCUUAGCUCAGUUAAUUACUCUCAUUGAUAAACAUGGAAUCAUGCCUGAAAUAUGGCUUAGAUCAAUAAUUAUUCCAAUUUUUAAAAAUGGCGACCCAAACGAACCAAAGAACUAUAGACCAAUAAGCUUAUUAUCAGUCAUAGGAAAAAUCUAUGCCAAGCACCUCUUACCUGGAUAAAAAACCUAAAUUUACCAGGGAAAGAACAAAUAGGCUUCUCUAAAGGUUGCUGUACUUUAGACCAUUGCCUUAUUUGGUUGAAAAAUAUAGAUCCCAAAAGCAAUCUAAGACUUACGCACCUUUUGUAGAUUUCCAUGGUGCCUUUGACUCAGUUGAUCAUGCAAAAUUGUGGAAGAAACUUGUAGAGCUAAGAAUUGAUCAACGCCUAUUGAUUUUAAUACAAAAUUUAUAUUCUUUCAACAUCUGUCAAAUUAAACUCAACAUUAAAGGUCACCUCUCGUCUGAUAUCCCUAAUACAAAAGGGGUAAAACAAGAGUGUAUUCGUGCCCCCUUUCUAUUUAAUCUAUUUUUAUCAGAUCUCCCAGAACACCUCCAAAAAGUAGAAUCACACGCCCCCAAACUCAACCAGAAGCCUGUUCCUCUUUUAUUAUACACAGAUGACGCAGUCCUACUAUCAUUAAUGAGCUUGGGUUUGAAACGUCUUAUACUCUCCCUGAGUCUCUACUGUGAAAUUAACAAACUUUCUAUAAACUAUGAGAAGACGAAAAUCUUGGUUUUCUCCAAAGGUUGGAAACUAGGGAAAUGGAAAAUAAGAGAACAAGAAAUCCAGCAAGUAAAGAUGUAUAAGUAUCUGGGAAUUUUAUUUCAGAGCAAUUUAGGGUGGUCAAAUCACUGUACAAAUGCUAUAAAACAGGCGAAGAGUACCUCCUCAGCUGUUGCUCGUUUCUAUUAUCAGAAAGGAAACCAAUUUAUCCCUACGGCCAACCAAAUUUUCCAAGCAAAGGUGUUAUCCCAGAUACUCUACGGGGUCCCAGUAUGGGUACAAGCAUUUAAUAGAGAUUUAGAAAAGAUUCACUCAAGUUUCCUGAGAUGUAUCAUUGGAGUCCCAACUUCCAUUAAAUAUGAAUCAAUGUGUGCAGAAUUAGGCAUACACACAAUGGAAUACUGGGCUUGGACUAUUGCCAUAAAAUACUGGUUACGGUGCCAUUUCUGUUGCCCACCAUCAAGUCUGCUCUCUGACCUGCUCAAGGACUCUUAUAAAUCUAGAUGGUACCAACUCCUAGAAAACUAAAUUAGAUUCAUAGGCAUUGAGCUGGAGCCCUUGUAUAAUUCAAGUGAGCAAUAUAUCUUCCACAAUGUCCAAAUCAGAUUAAAGGAUGUUGAAAGACAAAACAUUGUGGCAGCUGCAAAUAAGUUUGCUCCCCCAUGUUCUAUGAUUUAAAUAUCUUAGAUAAUAGGUCAACUAUGUUACAAAGCUAAUAAUCCCAGCCCAACGUAGGCCCGACUGAAUGUCUUUCCCUCGGCUUUUGUCAGGGGUAGAUAUCGGAACACUCCAGAGACAAGAGAUACUGUAGAUGUUCUCUGAAUGUGCCGGAUACUGUAGAGCAUAUUCUCUUUCAUUGUCCACUCCACAGCAUGCUGUGUGAACGUGUGUUGUUCCCCCUUCUGGGUGCUCUGACACUGCAGCAUGGUGAAAAUGUUGGAUUCUGCCUGUCUGACAUUGACCAUAAGGUGUCUGCGGGAGAUGCAGUUUACUGUUGCCUCUUUGUUUGCAUUUUAAAUACUUUUGUAUGUGACUCUUUUUCUUGCGGUUCUACUUGUAAAAUGCCUAAUAAAGGUUUGAUAGUCAAUAUUUUGCAGAAUCUUCAAAAGUUCACUGGGAAGAAGAUGACUUUUCUGAGUUCUAUGAUUCAGAAAUAACCUUGAAAUUAGAUGGUGUCUCUAACUUGGUAUCUUCCUGAAUUUAACUUGAUUGAAUGUCAGAGUAAUGUGUAGGUUGGGAUCCUUUCAGUUUUACCUCAUGUCUGUUCUCAUGUUUUAAUCUGCAGCAAUCCUUUGAAUUAAAUAAUACAAAGGCAAGGCGGGCAUGUGUAAUAGCUUUGUAAACAAUUAACUUAAAAGAGUAUACAAAAUGUCUUGUCAUUUAGUAAAAAAAAAAGCUAUUGACUGAGCCAUGAAAGCUUUUAACCAAGAAAUAAAUAUUUUGUUUCAGUGAAGGAUCCAAUGAUAGACAAAAAAUUGUCAAAGCAAAGUUUCAGUAAUGGCCGCUUACCCAGUCCUGGGGUAGGUGGCGGUUGUGGCCUAUUGCGACCUGACUCCCAGGAGCAAUGCUGGGCUGGACGACAGCAAUUGGGAAAUCCCCAUGCUGGCCACAGAGGAGGGCGGGAGUUCCUGCCAGUCCCAGUUUUGAAUUCCAGCCAAUCAUGCCAGUCCAUGGUGGGGCAGGGCUCAGGAGCGAACUGGAGUGGAGCAGGCUUCACCACAGUCUGCCCUCUGGGUUUAAGACUGGCGGUUUAACCCUCUGGGUUUAAGACUGGCUGCCCCUGACUUUGGGACUGUGGUCAGCUGAAGAGCACACCCUCCCAUCCCUCCUUCCCUUUCAUGCUUUGGGACUUGUUGUAUAUUAAUGUUUCUUCCUCUAGGUUAUUCGAUUAACGGCCUUGCUCUGGUUCUUUAAUGGUUGCUGGGAAGGAAAUUGCCUGCAAAUAGAUAGGCCCCGUUUGCAGGCUUUGCCCUCCACAUUGCAAUGGUCACAACUUUGGCUGAUGUAGGCACUGGGGUGGAAUUCUUCCUGCAGCGGCAUGGGAGGGCCAUCCGUGUAGACCUGCAUCUUGUGAUUAACCCAUUAAUCCCAUGAUCAACCCUGCCAUGCCUCAGCCUUCCACCAGGAUGCUGGGAGAGAUACAUACAUACCCAAUGCCUAAGCCAAAUCCUAACUAUAUCUGGAAUCAACAAAAUUGUGCCCAAUUUCAAAUCCUAGAACAUUGUCCUUGUUUCAUUUGUUCACCUUCUUAGACUACGACUUGCUCCUGGGGAAAUGGGUCACUGCGAGUGGGACUGCAACAGGUACUCUUGGAAACAGUGAAGCAUUUGUUGUUGUUUAGUUGUUUAGUCGUGUCCGACUCUACAUAAUUCUGAAAUGAGCUUGCUUCUAGGCUAUUCUUGUUUUGGAGCCCCAAUUUGGCUCAAUAGGCCUUGUAAAUAUUCCCAAUACACAAACAACAAUAUAGUGUGCAGAGGAGAGAGAAAUAAACCUUAACUCAAAUUUAACAGGACUUUAAAAAAUGAAUUGCCCAAGGUUGAUGGCUGAGAGGUUUUAACACAGUGGAAGAAAACUGAACUUUUCUCUACAAACUUUACAGGCCAAUGUAGCUCAUGUGUAUUAUAUGUUUUAAAGUUCAUUUCUCUCCUCGGCAUUCUGCUGCUUCAGUCUCCCUCUGCUGAGGCUUUUCUAUUUUAGUUCACAAGGUCCCGUGACCCUGUCAGCCAAUAACAGAACAACAGAAGCAAUGGAAACUUCUUUCUGAGAUAAAAGUGGAUUGCCAGCUGCUGAGUCUUCUUCUAGCACCCUAUCAAGAUAUAGCACCCUCUCUGCCACUAACAAUGACCAUGACCCUUCACACAAAAACCUCCAGUGUCGCUUUACUGCACCAGAUACAAGGCAAUGAACUGGAGCCUCUCAGCAGACCUCAGCUGAAGAUUCCUCUGGAGCGGCCGAUUAGCGAAAUGUAUGUGGACAGCAGCAAAACUGGAGUUUUCAACUACCCAGAAGGUGCCGCUUAUGAUUUUUCCACUGCUGCUCCGGUGUACAGCUCACCCAGCCUCAGUUAUGCCCCUACGACAGAGUCAUUUGGGUCCAGCAACUUGGGAGGAUUUCAUUCUUUGAAUAAUGUUCCCCCGAGCCCUGUUGUGUUCUUACAGACGGCACCUCAGCUUUCACCUUUCAUUCAUCACCCCAGCCAGCAGGUACCUUACUACCUUGAGAAUGAACCGAACAGCUUUGCGAUGAGAGAAGCGGCCCCAACAGCCUUCUACAGGCAACCAAGAAGCAUUACGAGGGUUAAACCGGGCAAGAACGCUCAAGGAGAGUGCAAAGCAGAGCUGAUGAGGCCAGGCUCAGAUAACAGGCGCCAUGGUGGCAGAGAGCGAAUGGUCAGCGCCAACGAAAAGGGAAGCUUGUCCAUGGAAUCCACCAAGGAGACCCGCUACUGUGCAGUGUGCAAUGACUAUGCUUCAGGUUACCAUUAUGGUGUAUGGUCCUGCGAGGGAUGCAAAGCCUUCUUCAAGAGAAGUAUUCAAGGUCACAAUGAUUACAUGUGUCCUGCUACUAACCAGUGCACUAUUGACAAGAACAGGAGGAAAAGUUGCCAGGCUUGCAGGCUCCGAAAAUGUUAUGAAGUUGGAAUGAUGAAAGGUGGAAUUCGGAAGGACCGCAGAGGAGGCCGUAUAUUGAAGCACAAACGCCAAAGAGAGGAACAAGACAACAAGAAUUCGGGGAUUGUUGCCGAGACAAGGAGCCCCAAUCUCUGGCCAAGUCCUCUGAUGAUCAAGCAUAACAAAAAGAACAGUCCAGCCCUGUCCCUAACUGCAGAUCAGAUGGUCAGCGCCUUGCUAGAGGCUGAACCACCUGUUGUCUAUUCAGAAUAUGACCCUGGCAGGCCUUUCAAUGAAGCUUCUAUGAUGACACUGUUGACCAACUUGGCUGACAGAGAACUGGUGCAUAUGAUCAACUGGGCCAAAAGAGUUCCAGGGUUUGUGGAUUUAUCACUCCAUGAUCAGGUCCAUCUCCUGGAAUGCGCCUGGCUUGAGAUACUGAUGAUUGGCUUAGUGUGGCGGUCCAUGGAGCAUCCAGGAAAGCUAUUGUUUGCCCCUAACCUGCUGUUGGACAGGAAUCAAGGAAAAUGUGUUGAAGGUUUUUUGGAAAUAUUUGACAUGCUGCUGGCCACUUCUUCCCGCUUUCGAAUGAUGAAUGUCCAGGGGGAAGAAUUUGUGUGCCUUAAAUCCAUUGUCCUACUCAAUUCUGGCAUCUACACGUUUCUUUCCAGCAGCUUAAAAUCACUGGAUGAAAAAGACCAUAUCCAUCGCGUUCUUGAUAAAAUCACGGACACCUUGAUACAUCUGAUGGCCAAAUCAGGCCUCUCUAUGCAGCAGCAGCAUAGACGACUGGCUCAGCUCCUCCUCAUCCUUUCCCACAUCAGGCAUAUGAGCAAUAAAGGAAUGGAGCACCUCUACAGCAUGAAGUGCAAGAAUGUGGUCCCUCUUUAUGAUUUGUUGCUGGAAAUGCUAGAUGCCCACCGUUUGCAUGCCCCUGCAGCAAAAAAAACACCGCCACGUGAAGAUGAUGCCAUGAACCAGUUAGCAACCACAUCCACUGCAAUGCAUUCCUUACCACCUUGCCGUGUGAACAAAAAGGAAGAUGCAAAUGAGCCAGAAACCAAAUGAGAGCCUACAUUUCAAAUAGCCUACAGCUUUCUGAUAAUCCCAUUAAAAAAAACUACCUACUUCAGGCUUAGCUGAACUGGUACCAUGUGUAAGCACUCCAAUAUUCACCAAUCACCAGUGAUUCCCAAAGCUUUGCUUGAUGAUAUUGUUAGUGGAAUGUAUAAUUUUGGACAUAAUAUGGGGAUUCAGAAACAAUGAUCUCUGUUUAAUAUAAACAUAACACAAUCAUGAGGAUUCCUGAGGUCUUUUUGCUGGUAUCAGACUGAAAAUUUGGGUGACCUUUCUCUUUGAAAUCAACUGAGCAAAGAUCCCAGCUGAGUUUGAGUAGGUGAUGUUUACAUUUGAUGUUCAUUGGCUCUUUGAUAAAUGUAAGAAUCCUAUUACCCCCCCCCCCCAGCACACCCAUGUACAAACAAAAUGAUGGCAAAGUACUCAGAUUUUGUUAGACUCCAGUCUCAUUCAUAUUUCAAGAAAAACCAACAGGAUUUCGAAUAUCACCAUUCAGGCUUUUUAUUGUUAUUUCAGGGAAAUAAUCUAUACACAAUUAAACAAAAACUUUAGACCACGUGAACAGAUGACUUCAGCAACAAAUCCUUCAAUUAACUUGUUAUGAGUGACAAAGAAGUGCUAGGUUGCAGUGGUACCCGUAAUGGGCUUAUGCUGGUAGAGAUGGAACAGGUAGUUUUAUGCAGUGCUAUUUUUCUAGAAAAAGAACUCACUAUGAAUACCUCCCUCAUUCUUAUAGAAUAGCAAUGGCGCCCACCUGAAAGGUGCCAGAACCAAGUUUCAGUGAGUUCCAGCUGGAAAAAAAGCCCUGGUUUUAUGAUCACAUAAAGAAUUCUUAGAUGGGUAGCUACAGGCAGAAUCCAACACAUGGGCCUACUAAUUUCUGCAAUAUGGUUGGAAUGAAAGGAUUGUACGAAAGUACUGUGCAGAAGUAUAUCCUUUCCACAGUUGUAUGGGAGUCAACCCUGCAUUAACAAAAUUAUAGCAUAAGUUUUUUAUAUAUUGCCUUUGACCAGAAAGGCAAUUAAUGCAUUUUAUAAAUAAGCAGAAGAAUCAAAAUGAUUCAAUUUAGACACUACCUGAUACAUUAUAGUAUGAGAUGGCAAAAUCUGACUGGUCAUGUGGGAAGUUUUGUUGGUGCUGCCAGGAAGAUACCACACUAGAAUGGAAGCUUCCGACAUGACCUGCCUCUUUGGAUGUUGCCAUUUUGUACCGCAACUGAGCAGCUUGCUGCUGCAUACUUAGGGGAAGCAGCACUCUCACUUGUAUUAAUGGCAUUGAAUUUGGUCUCAAAGAAGAAGAUUGGGAAACCGAACAAUUGUAUCUAUUGCAUACUAUCAAUACUGCACAAGAGGAAAAUAAUGUGGGGUCUUUGGGUUCUACAUAGGUAACAGAAGUGAGUCUUCAUGUUUGUGACUGGAUGCUCCCCAGUGUACAAAAUUGCUCUGUGUUGAGUAACUACUGGCAAAAAGGAGGGGGGUGACGUGAGUAAAGACUGUUUGUGUUGCACUGCAGCCGAGGUCACUUUCUGCCAUUGGCCCAUGCACAUACUGGUCCCAACUAAUGAUAAUGAGCACACACACCUGGGGGCAGACGGGAACCAAAUCUGCAGGUGAUCAUCGUGAGCUGCUUUUGUGGUAUAUAUUGUUGCGCUUCUGCCUCUACCCCAAAUCUAUAAAAAGCAGUACAGCACUAAUGUUGUGAAUAGUUUUCAUCUCGUCUUAAUUUUGCAAAAUGCGCUCACCAAUGCCUAUAUAUUGAGCUUCAUUUCUGGUGGCCUUGCUUUUUAUUAAUGUAAUGAAGUAUUUGUCUUUCUGCAUUCAAAAUGUACGACAAAACAACAAAAACUGUUCUACUUUGAAACUUCCCCAAAGCUGUUGGGGACUACAAAGUGCCUUGUCAGAAAUUGACACAUUUUCAAGUGAUAACUGCUUUCUUGUGUAUUGCAUUGCAUGAAGUAUAAACAAGAAGUCAAAAUGUGUGUAGGACAACAUUUAAAAUAAUAAGCAAAGUUUAUCCAUUUGGAUCCCAGUGACACCCAAUGCAUAAAAGUUGUACCCUUUUUUCUAGGGGGUACUUUUAGCUAUUUUCCCAACCCUCUGUUUAUUUGUGGGCACAGAGCUUUAUGUGUGUACAGAACUCCUGUGCUUGCAAGGACUUAUCCAUUAACAUCAGUGAAAAUGGCAUGAAGGACAGCCAGGGGCUUUCCCUCCAUUAUAGUGAAUAGGGAACAACUGUCAGGCACAAGAGCUCUAUGGUUGCAUUGGAUAACAGAGAUGUUGAACUCUGGAUGGAAGGUAGUGUGUACAACACAAAUUAACCAUCAUUGAUCUAAAUAGCCAGCUGCUUUCUUAGUUCUCCUACUUAAAUAGCCACUUGUGUAAAUUACUUAAGUAGAUCUGAACUAAUUUUUGUAAUUUAUAGACAUCAGUUUGGAUAAAGACCAUGGAAAUAAUUGCUUUGGCUUCAGAAAGAAGCAAACAAAAACAAGACAAGCUACAAAGAAGCUGUGAGUGAGUGAGGGGAAAUGUCAGUUUGCAACCAGAAUUUGUGGUUUUAAAUCUCUAGUUUCAAUGCCAACAUACCUGUGGCAGGUUUAGCUUGGGAGUCCAAGGGGGAAAUGUGUUACUUUCUAUUAAAUCUGUUUAACUUUGCAGGGGUGGGAUGGUCAGUUGUUAUUAUUGUUAGAUUGUUGAAAGCAUUGUUUUAUCGUAAUUAUUGAAAGCACCUUAAAUGAUGUAAUGUGUGUGUUUAUAUGCAUAUUAUAUACACACAUGCAGAGCUCACCUAACAGACAACUGAAUGUAACUGUUGUAUUAACCCAGUCAACCGACUAAAAUACAAAAAAUCACCAUAUGUUGUUUUUAUACUUUUCAGCUAUUCUCUCAUAUGCAAUCAUUUGUGCCUAAGGCUUAGCGAUUGUUAGAAAUCACUAUUUCAUAUCAAUUUUUAUAUUUACAUUAGCCAAAACAGCACUAAUUUAGCCUUGUACCUGAACACAAUGAGGAACUAUCCUUUAAUGAAGGAAGGACAUUCAAGGCCGCGAAUUAAGAUUUUUACCAAAAUACUAAUGAUGGAUAUGAAAGAUGCCAAAUAUGGCAAUGAAUGGUUCUUCUUUUUAAACCAAACUGUUCAUACUGUACUUAAAUUUAAAGACAAAAACAUAAAACGCCCUGGAGAUAUAGGAAAUGUAAUCUUGCUACAUGCCAAAUCAUUGUAAUAUAUUGGAUUAACUUGCCUUAUUUAAUGUCAAUUAACAGGCUCACUGGAAAUACAUGGGAGUGGAAAAGCCUUGAGUGGUGACAUUUGUCUCUUUUCUUUAUUUCUUUCUUUGGUAAGGGCAUUUUUUAUAGCCAAGUAUGAAAGCCAUUCUUGUAUUUAAUGGUAUUGUGGACUCUUGCUCAGGCAAACCUCCUUCUGCAAAAUAAAAUUCCUUCCAGUAGCACCUUAGAGACCAACUAAGUUUGUCCUUGGUAUGAGCUUUUGUGUGCAUGCACACUUCUUCAGACACUUCUUUCUCUGAAGAAGUGUGCAUGCACACGGAAGCUCAUCCUAAGGACAAACUUAGUUGGUCUCUAAGGUGCUACUGGAAGGAAUUUUUUAUUUUGUUUCGAUUACGGCAGACCUCACCCAGUCAUUGUUUUCUGUGUGGCAGGGUUAUGCUUUCCUGUAUGCUCAUGCCAUCUGAAAUGUCCCCUACAACACACAGAAAACAAUAACAGACUCAUUGGUCUGUCUCCUGCAUGGAAAAAACAACAACUCUGUAAGAGAUAGUGCUGCACAACACUAAUUUUCUUAUCUGUUUGGAUGGAUUGCCACCAGAAUAGGCACAAUUCAGUGAACUUGAACUGUGAACAACCAAUCUGAUCUGCCAGACUGCCUAGCACACAUCUUAACACAAAGGUGAAUCUCUACCUGCAUCUUAAUGCAAGAGUGAGUGCAUAACAACAUCAAAGUAUUGUGUGCAGUACUAAUUAUUGAUGUGCUGCACGGGUAACUUGUAGCAUAAUCACAUUUAAUUUGUAUUCAUUCAGCUUUAUGAGAUUGGCAAAUUUUUAAAAUAAAAUUUAAAAGGGGGUAAAAAUAUGGCGGGGGGGCAAUCUGGGGAAAAGAACUUUGCCAAUCCCACCACUGCAUCCAGUGUGUUUUGAAUAUACACAAUUUUGGCUUUUAAGUGCUAUCCUCAGAACAUUACCCUCACAUAAGUUGAGAGUUGCCUGUAUUAGUUACAUGCAUGGUUAUUGCUGGGCAAGCCAACUGAGAUAGAGGAAGAAUUACAGUGGAAACUCCUGGAUAUUUGUGUAUGAUGAUUUUUGCCACUGCACAACUAAGGAAUUUUCAUCUUAAUGUAGUCUCAAAACAUUGGGGCAAAAAUUACUUACUGUCCUGUUAGUCUCGUGAUAAUAUUCUGUGACAGAAAACAAAGCAAGUGGCCAAAUUUUCCCUCGAUGGUUUUCCAUUAGCCUAUUUCCAUUUAAAAACUUGUCCUUCUGUACAUAAUUAUCAACCUAAACUUGCCUAAUGGAAAAUUAGCUAUGCCCUGAUCCGGUUUUCAUUGUGUCUUACAUUACAAGUAAGUCCUAAGUGGGGAAGCACAUUCCCAUCCACCUCAAAAAACACAUCUAGAUAGGAGCCUAGAUAAGCAUCUUCAUUAGCAUUUGCUGUACACAUGGAAUCCUGCUUACACAGCUUUUAUUUGCUGUAUUGUGGUGCUAGUACUUGCCAUACAAUUUGGUAUGGACUUGAGCCUUCAUUUUACAGACAUGUUCUCAGUGCUACUGCUUUUAAAAUGCAAAACUAAAAGCCAACUUUUAAGUACACAAACUUUUGAAGAUGCGAAUGCUCUGCAGGGUAAGUCAAAUUAAUUGAUUGCUCUACAUUACAACUAUUUCUGAAAGCUUUUUUUCUAAUGUAUCUUACUGUGGCUUUGUGAAGUGAGUCUUCAGAACUGAAGUGACUGCUAAGUCAAGACUUGAUCUUAAUGCAGUGUUUUAAGCUAUCCGUCCUAGUACAUAAAACAUUGUUGGAGUGGAAUUGUGACAUAAAUCUUGGGGUACCAAAAAUUUCUUUUACAUGAAAAGCCUUCUCUUUAUAGAUGCAUUCUCUAGUUUUAAUUCAAAUAUGGAUGUGUUACUGUCUGGAAUAUUGUUCUGUAUGUGAUCAUUGCCUUUUGAGGGGCACUUCAACUUUGCACUGUUCUAAAGAGAUUUUUUGUAAAGAAUCUACUUUUUUGCAUUCAAAUGUGCCUAAACUUAUAUGCUGCCAUGCUGCAAGCCUGUAUUUUAGUAGGAAUAUUGUCCUGCUGUGCACCUUUUCUAAAAACAAAACAAAACAAAAAACAAAAAAACAUGCAGUGUACCCAAUCUUGAAGUGCCCAUCUAAGAAUGGCAGAAGGAUGCUAGUCAGAGAAUAAACUCAACAAGCCACUUUAUGCCACCUUAUUGUAUAUAUUUUUAAAAUGAAGCUUUUUGUGCACUACAAUAUCCUUUCAUUGUAAAGCUUUCCCUUUAUUAUGAGGCUCAAGGGCCAUAAUGUAUUUGUUGAAUUAUUCUGCUCUUUUGCUGAUGCAUGUAAUGGUAUAAUUGAUGUCCCUGUUUUGUUAAAAUAUUGCUUUGUUAAAUGAAAGAAAAGUUUUAAAGGGUAAACUUCCUUUUUUUGCACCUUCAAAAAAUGUUACAAACAGCUUCAGAAAAAAAUCAGCAGGAUAUCUGAUCUGUCAAGAUUUUCUCAGCUUUGAUGUCAAAAUAAAACAAUGAACCACAGCACAUUCUAGUUUGUGUAUCACUGUAACUAAAUAUAUUACCUUGGGUACAGUUCUCAAUAAUGACUGGUUACAUUUCCCUCUCAUUUAGCUUUAGUAAAAAAAUAAAACAAUUCUUUGAUUUUGAAAAUAAGUGAAGUUUAAAACUUCUAUACAAUACAAAAGUAAAUGCACAAACAACUAAAACUGGAAAUUUUGUAUUAGUUUUAACCUUCACAUGGUGAUAUGAAAAACAAAUUCAUCUAUUUAAAAACAAAUAAUGCAACCUUGGGCUUGUUUCCCCACCCUGCAAAAUGAUUUGAUUCUACAUAAUACAAAUCCUCCUUCCACUUUUAUGCUAAACUCCCAGAAUACAACUGUUAAAAAGAUGAAAUGGUACUGUGCAAGAAUAAUCAAUUUCAAGUUUAAGGGACCUUGAAAAGAUUUUUUUACAAGAACUCUGUUAUCCAUUAACCAGAGCUUACUUCAAAAUACUAAUCCCUGUGUAUGUGUAGUAGCUUUAUUCCGUGAGCUAAAAAUGGGGGAAUAUACAGGUACAUACACAGUAUACUGCAGAUCAAAGAUCUAAUACAAAAUAUCUAGUCAGCAGAGCUUCCCAAAUAAAUGGUGAAUGGCAUCCAGUAAAUACUCCUACUAUACAGAUAAGCAAUGCGUUCCUAUGGGCUCCAGGGGACUGGCAGCAGUGGCAGGGCUUGCUCACUUGGCUCACGGAAGGCAGGCAGACAGGCAGCAACAGCCCAUGCCUGUCCUUGCCGCCUGCCUGCCUGUCCUUGUGUCGGCGG